ACGGUAAUUAAGGGCCGCGGGUCGGCCAGGUGCAGUGCGCACAGCCGCACUUCGGAGGCGGUAUUCGUCAGUGUUCUCAUUGGCCCGGCGCAGUUCGGGUCUCUUUUGAAGGAGCCCACGUACCAGUAUGACCUACUGCAGCCCCAUGUGGGGCCUGGCGCUGCUCUUGAUGGUGGCAGUGCCUUGCUACACGCAUCGGACUCCGGCAUCCAUAAUCCAGUACAACGGCUACCCGGCCGAGGUGCACAACGUGACCACCAAGGACGGCUACAUCCUGCAGCUGGACCGCAUCCCGCGGCCCGGCGCGCGCGUCGUCUUCCUGGCCAACCAGAUGGCGGGCUCGGCCGCGUCCUACCUGGUGCUGGGCAAGGGGAAGGCCCUCGCGUUCUUGCUGUACGAUGCUGGUUUCGACGUUUGGCUGGGCAAUUUCCGCGGCACGCCGUUUUCUCUGAACCACGUCCACUUGAAGAGCUCGGAUGACGCCUUCUGGAAGUUUGGGUGGCACGAGAACGGAGCCCUGGACAACCCGGCCAUGCUGGAGUACGUGCUGGCGCGCUCCGGGCAGCGCGACCUCGUCUUCGGCGCGCACUCCAUGGGGGGCACGUCCUUCUUCGUGAUGGCCUCCGAGCGGCCCGACCUGGCGGCCAGGGUGCGCGCCGCCUUCCUCUUCGCCCCCGCCGUCUUCAUGACGCGCACCAAGGACGAGCACCUGCUCGCCGUCGAGCCCAUCGUCAACAUCACCCAGGCCGCAUCGGAACGGCUGCACGAGCACAGACGGCCCACCCAGCUGUUGGAAAAGGUCGCAGACGAGUUGUGCACCGGCGCGACGUCGGCCGCCACCGCGACAUCGCGGCGCCAGUUCUGCGAUAUCGCGGGCCGCGCCGCCGGGCCGCACCGCUUCGGCUACACGUCGCCGCUGUACUUCGCGGACGGCGCCACCGUGCGGCAGGUCCUGCACACCGCACAACUAGCGGGCAGCCAGAGGCCCGCCUUCCGGCAGUACGACUACGGCAGUGAGGCGGCGAACGUGGCGCAGUACGGUUCCCCCGUCCCGCCGGACUACCGCCUGGACACCAUCACGACCCCGGUGUACCUGUACAACGGCAAGGGGGACCUGACGUGCACGCCGGCGGAUCAGGUGCUGCUGAAGAGCAGGCUGCGGAACGUCCGGCGAUUCUUCCUGUCCCCGAACGACGCAUUCGGCCACUACAACUUUGUGCGCGACCGAGACAUCGUCAAAGACAUGUGGCAGUUUGUCCUUGCGGACAUGAAACCUUUCGCCAAGCAAUCACUGUUAAAAAAAUCCAUCUCAAUUUUAAGAAACUUUAUGAAGCAGUUUACAAAGACUUUUUGGUAGUAAAAGUAAUAAACUUUUUCUUCUUAAAAGUAAGAACCAAAUUUCAAAAGUAAUAAUCUGUUUCUCAAAUGUUGUUUUUGCAUUUAACAAAUUCUUGCAUUUGGUAAACAAUCUCAAAUUUCAUUAACCUGUUUUUCAAUUUUAAUAAAGUUUUAAAGACAG